AUGGCCAUCGGAACGAGUUUUGUUAUCACCAAAAAGGGUUUGAUGCAAGCCAGCGAACGACAUGGGUUCGAGGGCGAAGGAUUCUCAUACUUGAAGAGUCCUGUCUGGUGGGGUGGUAUAUGGCUCUUGGAGAAGUCGCCAACUUCGCUGCUUACGCCUUUGCGCCUGCCAUCCUGGUUACCCCCUUGGUGCGCUGAGGCGGUCCUGAGUUCGUACUUCCUCAACGAGAUACUUGGUGUAUUAGGAAAAUUGGGCUGUGCGCUGUGCUUGCUGGGUUCGGUCGUCAUCGUUCUCCAUGCGCCUCCCGACAAGCAGGUAGAGACAGUCGAUGAGAUUUUGGCAUAUGCCGUUCAGCCAGGAUUCCUAUUCUACUGUAUCACAGUUGCGAUCUUUUCGACUGUGAUGAUCUACCGGGUUGCGCCAGUCUAUGGCAAGAAGAACCCGCUCAUCUACAUCUCGAUUUGCUCCACUGUUGGAUCGGUUUCCGUUAUGUCCGUCAAGGCCUUUGGCAUUGCAGUGAAAUUGACCUUCAAUCACAACAACCAAUUCGUCCACGCAUCCACCUACGUCUUUGCCAUUGUGACGUUGUUCUGCAUUCUGACACAGAUGAACUACUUCAACAAGGCAUUGAACUCUUUCUCGACUUCGAUCGUGAACCCCCUUUACUAUGUCACCUUCACCACCGCGACCCUCUGUGCCUCGUUCAUUCUUUUCAAGGGAUUCAACACCACCGACGCCGUCAAUACCAUAUCUCUACUUUGUGGAUUCCUUAUCAUCUUCACCGGCGUGUACCUCUUGAACCUCUCGCGACAUGACCCCGAUGGACACUCCAUGGUGAAUUCCAAGCUUGACGAGGAUGGAGUUCCAACAGAUGGCUUGACGAGCUUCCAGACCCGGCGCUCAAUGCAGUCCCGCCGGAGCUCCUCGAGCGCAUAUUUCAAUGGAGCCAGCGACCGCGAAGGCCUCAUCCACGCAUAUGACGCAGAGCACGGGAUCGGCAUGAACACCUUGAGUGAAGCAAAUGAAGGGGAGCCAGGUCCGACAUUCCCGACCGAAACACAGACUGCAAUGCACACCAAGCAGAACAGUCAGAUCUGA